UAUUCUUCAGAGGAGGAAGAAGUUGAUCUUCAGACAGCUCUUACAGGCUAUCAGACAAAACAGAGAAAGCUUCUAGAACCAGUGGACCAUGGAAAAAUUGAAUAUGAACCAUUCAGAAAAAACUUUUAUGUUGAAGUUCCAGAAUUAGCAAAAAUGUCUCAAGAAGAGGUGAACGUAUUUCGGUUGGAAAUGGAGGGCAUUACUGUCAAGGGAAAAGGUUGCCCCAAACCAAUUAAAUCUUGGGUCCAGUGUGGAAUUUCCAUGAAGAUCUUAAAUUCUCUCAAAAAGCAUGGCUAUGAAAAGCCCACACCAAUCCAAACCCAGGCGAUUCCUGCUAUAAUGUCUGGACGAGAUUUGAUUGGUAUUGCCAAGACAGGAAGCGGAAAGACCAUUGCUUUUCUGUUACCCAUGUUUAGACACAUCAUGGAUCAGAGGUCAUUAGAAGAAGGAGAGGGGCCAAUAGCUGUCAUCAUGACUCCAACUCGAGAACUGGCUUUACAGAUUACUAAAGAAUGUAAGAAGUUUUCGAAGACCCUGGGACUUAGAGUGGUGUGUGUUUAUGGAGGAACAGGAAUCAGUGAGCAG